AUGGGCAUGGCUACCACAUCCAUAUCUCUAUCCCCACCAACUUUUUCCCAUUUUCUCAAGCCAAGCAAUUGUCAAUUUCUAAGAACCCAGAAACCAUGUUUGCCUUUUGCUUCCCCAACCAAAAAGAGCAUAAUUUUCCACAACCCACAUGAUAAUUUCACCCAAAGAAGCACCCCAAUUUGGCAAAUCUAUGCAACCUCUGGUGAAGCUGUGCCUGCAGAAGCCAUCCCACUUGAGACUUCCCAGCAGAUAGUGUCCACUGGUGAUGAGGAUGGUGUUUCUAUCACCAUCUCUGUUCUUCUUUUCAUUGCCUUUGUUGGUCUAUCUGUUCUCACCAUUGGGGUUAUCUACCUAGGUGUGACAGAUUUUCUGCAGAAGAGGGAGAGAGAGAAGCUUGAGAAAGAUGAGGCAACUAACAAGAAGAAGAGUGGAAAGAAGAGGAGGGUGAGAGCAAGGGCGGGGCCUAAAGGAUUUGGGCAAAAGAUUACUAUUGAUGAUGAUGAUAAUGAUGACUGA